CAUGUCGCCUGUUGUGUAGGUUAGAGCGACCCGAGAGAGAAUCUAUCAAAUCUUAUAAUGGAAGACCUGGGACAAGAUAGGUUAGAUAAUAUAAAAACAAAUACGAGUGAGAAAAGCUUUAGAGCCAAAGCUGCUUUAUUUUUGGCUGGGGUGUCUGGUCUAUCAGCGAUAAUUGGGUUCAGCACAACAGUAGCUGCUGUUAAGAAACGAAAUCCCAAUACCUUUGAUCAAGGUGUAGCUGCUCAUGCCGUUAAGGGUAUGGACAGUGGAGCCCAAUUAGCAUUAAGGGCAUUGGGAUAUGGUACAGUUCUUGCUUUUACUGGUUGUGGAGUUCUUUUUUAUGGAAUUUGGAAAUUAUCUGGUGCUUCAAGCCUCUCAGAUUUCCGCCAGAAAGCAGGAUCAAUCUUGCCAAGAUUAACUCCUAUAGAACACAAGUCCAAAACAGAAUUUUCAGGGUUGAAUGAGUUGCUUAGUUAUAUUUCAAGGGAACGGUAGAAUAGGAGAUUAAUAUAAAUAAUCUUAUUGCAGAUGUAUUUAUUUGUAUUAUUAAUGCUCAGCAUUUCUGCUUUGAAAUAGUUGUCUGGAAUACAUAUAAUUUAGCAUGGAUGAUAUUAAAUAAGUCAUAAG